AUGCUUGUCUCCCUGACCGUCGGCAAGGUCGACGCCGGCGUCACUGUCCUCCUGACCCCAGAUAAACGACUCAUCGAGUUCCCCUCUAUCCUCCUCCCACCAGACAUCUCUUCUGGCUCCAUCGUCGACAUCACAGUCGCGCGCAAUCUCUCCUCCGAAUCCUCCGCCGAGCAGCGCUUCCAGGCGCUCCAGGACCAGAUCUAUGGCUCUUUUGGGGCCGCCUCGCCCUCCAGCCCGAUACUUCGCUGCCGUAAUGCUACCCAGACCUCAGUCGUGCUAGAAUGGGAUCCUAUCCAGCUCGCGACCGCGGAUCUCAUCAGCCUUGCCCUGUACCGCAACGGCCAGAAGGCUGGCAACAUCCCCCGCCCGCUACAGAUGCACACGACCAAGAUCUCGGGUCUGGCCGUGGACACCAAUUACACCUUCCACCUGGUCCUCAGAACGACGGCUGGCACGUACAGCAGUGAAAAGGUCGAGGUUCAGACGCACAAGAUGACAGAUCUCAGUGGUAUCACCAUCACGACCGGCAUCCUGCCGCAGUCCAUGCGAGAGGAGCUGGCAGAAGCAGUGGAGAGGAUUGGCGCCAAGAUUGUGGACAGCGUGAGGAUAGACACAACACACUUUGUCACCACCGAGGGACGGGGCAUUCAGUGGGAGAAGGCUGUGGAGAUGAAUAUUCCCGUGGUGCGGCCAGAGUGGGUAGAGGCUUGCGAGAGGAACGGUAGGAUCUUGGGUGUCACUAAAUUCUACCUGGAUGCGUUGAGACCGGGCCCACCAAGUGAGGACCGGCCUGGGACGGCUGGCACAGUCACUCAGCAGCAGCAACAGCAGCAGCCCCCUCCUGCUGCUCCUGCCGCCGCACCAGCUUCAGUGCAGACGGAGAAGGAGUUGCCAGCCGCACCCUCGGCAGAGAAUGGAGAGGAAGGUAGCAAGGAGGAAAACGAGAAAGAGGAGCCCACAGAGGCAAAUGGGGCCCAGGAUAAGGAGGAAGCCGUGGAAGGCGGAAAUGAGGAGAACGAGGAAGACGACGACGAGCCGGAAGAGAAGACAAAAGCAACAGAAGAGGGCGAGCAGAAGGUCAGGUUCGAAGACAAGGAGCAGAACUUGACGUUGCGGCCAGAGGCAUCGAAGUUUGCGACCGUGGAAGAUGCCGAUGAGAAAGACGCAGGGGCUCAGACCCCAGCCAGUCGCGCAUCGUUCCAGGACGUACAGUUGUAA